AUGGAGAUGAACCGGACUGUGGAUGAUGCCCUGCCUCACCAAAAUGGAAGCACCGCCGGUGGCUUUAUCACCUGGAGCUGUACAUCCAGUGCUGUCAUGGCCGUCACCACAGCGAUGGCAGACGACAGAGUGAUUACAGGAUUUAGACCCAUGUCCAAACUUUUGGCACUUGAAACAUCGGAGUGGAUUGGGGACAUACACCUCCACUCCGAUGUUGAGAUAACCAGCUUUAACAGAUUUAGGAAGGGUCGACAGUGCAAAACAACACCCUGCAAAGAUGGCCAGCACUGUGCAGUUUGUGAUGAAACGGGUGACUGCUCAUCAACGUGUCACCCUGGGUAUUUCAACAAGCGAUGUACAUCUACGUGCAACAGUGGCUGCAGACAUAAAGCGUGUAAACUGCUCAAAGGCAGUGGCAUCGCGGCGUGCAUCCAUGGCUGUAAUCCCGGACUCCAGGGUACAAGCUGCAACAUACCAUGUGAACAUCAGAGACAGUGUACAGAAUGUAAAGGCGGAUGUUACGACGGCUACUGCCAGAUUGGGUCAGCAUGUGUUUCUCGAUGCGUGGACUCCUACUAUGGCCUUGACUGCAAGAACUGUUCUGAUCAAUGUCAAUCGUGUAAUAGAAGCACUGGAAUGUGUGAGCAGUGUCAUUCUCCAUACACUGGCCCCAACUGUGAGAUGCCAUGUGAGAAUUGUAAAGGAACAUGCAAGGCUGGAUGCGAAGGAGGCUGUAAUCCUGGAUUUUAUGGUCAUUGGUGUGACAAGGUGUGUAGUGAAAACUGCCGCGCCGGCCUUGACGCAACUUUUGUGCUAGAAUGUGACAGAAAUGUCUCCAACACGUGCAUCAUUGACUGCGACAAGAAGACAGGACAUUGCAUCCACGGUUGUAAUCCCGGAUUUUAUGGCCAACGGUGUGAAAAGGUGUGCAGUGAAAACUGCCUCCCUGACCCCAACGGAACUUUAUCAUCAGCAUGUGACAGAAAUGUCUCCAACAAUUGCACCCCCGAAUGUGACAAAACGACAGGAUACUGCAUUCGUGGCUGUAAUCUCGGAUGGCAUGGUACUAACUGCUCAUCUCGAUGUAACUCAAAGUGCGCAAAUCUGUCCUGCACUGAGUCAGGAGCGUGUUUAGAUGGUUGUGCACCAGGGUAUGCUGGGACUGACUGCUCCUGCUACGAGAACUGCAUCAAACAUAUUUGUCACUCUGAGAAUGGAACCUGUGUGAAAGGGACAAAUCAAGCAGACCAGUACUUGGAGGCGUACCAGCCCGCGUCCAUGUAUUGGGAAAUAGCAGAUGAAGAUGUGAAUCUAGGAGGCCAACCACUUGAUACCGAGGCGAGUGAUGCACAACUCAGGGAAGUGCAAGACCGUGAAGCGGAUGUUGCAUCGGAUGGUACUUCUGAAGACAGCCUGUCCUAUUCUCACCUUGUGAGGACCUCUGUGUUGAUGGCCAGAAAACUGUAUAUUAUAAACACAUGCCAUCAGCAGCGGAAAUCACAACCACGGCCACGAGCUGAACAUCCGCCGUGA